CAUCAUUUCCUGGUAUCUGUCGCGUUAUAAGGUGAUGGUGUGGUGAUGGUGGUGAUGGUGGUGAUGGACGGGAUCAUGGCGAUGUGAGUGCACUGAAAGUCACGAGACAGUCAAGAGGUUGCAGAGUUGAGAAGCCUUAGUCAGCUCCAGAAACGUGACGAGUAUCAAAUGCAUGUAGGCUUACAUAAGCCAUACGCUCGGGAGGUGCUUGAACUCUCACCGAGGUGUAAGUACAUAGGUACGCUACAUAAUUCUUAACUCGCUAUACUUUAUCCUGACCAUCUACGUGUAAACAUAUAAACCUCUUGGCGCUUGCCUCCUUCACUGGUACUAUCAUGCCCAGACGUCUCCCUUGGCUGUUGGAUACAACAGCAAUAGUCAAGAGUGAACCGCCCGCUAAAAGCCCAACCGUUCCCCCUUCACCAUUCACCCCGGAGCUGUCCGCCAUCGCGAAUGCAUCAUCCAGAAGUCGGACCCGAACGCCCGUAGUCCCUCGAACACGAAGGGACUCUGGCGUACCAAGAUCUGCGAGGAACAAGAUAGCCUCCCUAGGGCGAAGUCGGUCUCCUUCUACCUCUCCACCCCCGGAACCCCUCGCUGAGAGCUUCAUGAUAGAAGGACUCGAGAACGACGACCAAUAUCGCAUGGUCGAGGACGAGUUCUUCGUCAUCGCGGGCAAGUUCACCGCUCACCUCCAUGCCGCCGAGUACCAGCGUCUCAAGAACCACGCCAGUUCGCAAAACGCCGACACCAUCGCCAACAUCUCUCGUCCCGUCGUCGGUUCCCUGACCGAGCUGGCACGGAAGCGGCAAGAGGAGGUCCUGCGGAGGAAGAUGCAGCGGGAGGCCCUGAAAAGGGCCAAGGCAGAUGCUGGCUUGGACGCGGGUGUGACCGAUGAUGAAGACGACAACGAAGAGGACGUCCCUUGGCGAGGGACCUCUCUUCAGGGGCUUAUGGAGAGUCCUCGGAGGAGGGAGGUGUCGCUUAUGGCUUUUGCGAGGAAUGCCCCGAGGAAUCCUGGCAUCAGAUCGUCGUCUGCACGCCGGUCGGCAGCUUACCCGGUGCCCUUCAGGAGGAUGGAGCGUUCUCCCUGUCGAGGGACGAAGCGAGCCGUGAAAAAGGAGGACGUGGUUACAGAAGACGAAGACGACGAUGACGACGACGACGAUGACGACGACGACGACGACGACGACGAUCUUGAUCAGUCAGUUUUACGCAUUUCUUCUAGUCAGGUCACAUCCUCUGCUACGGGCCGAGUCGCCGGGGCCUCUGCCGCCGGGACGUUUGCCGCCGCGAGACCCCCUCCCUCAACGCCAGUCAGGUCAUCGUUGCCAUUCACCUCGACAUCUUCCAAAACCAACAAAACAAAAGGCAACCCAACACUGGUCAAGACAGAGUCAAGUUCGGCAUCCAGCCUGACGAGAACCCCCUCUACGGCGGCCCAACCCGCUGUCACGCAACCACUUCCUAUCCCCCGGAACAUAAAUGCCGAUGGUGAAGACGACGAUGAGGAUGGCGAAGACGAAGAUGAAGACAUAUUUACAAGGUUCAAAAAGCGCAGGGAGCGUGACAACCCGCGUAGGCCAACAAUAAAGCAGGAACCUAGAUCCAAGCCUCCGGACGACAAGGACAGCGACAUACCGGAUAUCAUCCCGUCCUUCAUUUGAUUGCUGGUGUUAUUGGUUGUGUCCUUCCUCAUACAUAUCCGAACCCUGAACAAUUAUCUCCGUCUCAUCGAAGAGGGCACCUGCCGUUCUUCCUGGGCAGGCGUCUCAUUUCGGGUGGAUUUCCAAUGCCUUGGCGGAGGCAAGUUCCGCAGAUCAACCCCGGGGCGCCUCGGCCGUUUCAUGGUGCGGCGUGAAUGGGUUUGACCAGGAAUUUUUGAGCCUGGUUGUCGGGUAGAUAGUAUGCUGGCGAUUCGCUGAUGAGGCGCG